UGAUGUUCAGAAGUAGUUUGUGAGGGCGCGUCAGGGAAAUCAUGCAGCCAUCAGGACACAGGCUCCGGGACGUCGAGCAUCAUCCUCUCCUGACCGAAAAUGACAAUUAUGACUCUUCAUCGUCAUCCUCCUCCUCUGAGGCUGAUGUGGCAGACAGGGUCUGGUUCAUCCGCGAUGGCUGUGGCAUGAUCUGCGCUGUCAUGACGUGGCUUCUGGUCGUCUAUGCAGACUUUGUGGUGACAUUCGUCAUGCUGCUCCCCUCCAAAGACUUCUGGUACUCUGUGGUCAAUGGGAUCAUUUUCAACUGCCUGGCUGUGCUUGCCCUGUCGUCCCACCUGAGAACCAUGCUCACCGACCCUGGGGCAGUACCCAAAGGAAACGCUACGAAAGAAUACAUGGAGAGUUUGCAGCUGAAGCCCGGUGAAGUGAUCUACAAGUGCCCCAAGUGCUGCUGUAUUAAGCCAGAGCGCGCCCACCACUGCAGUAUUUGCAAAAGAUGUAUUCGGAAAAUGGAUCAUCACUGCCCGUGGGUGAACAAUUGUGUAGGAGAAAAGAAUCAGAGAUUUUUUGUGCUCUUCACUAUGUAUAUAGCUCUGUCUUCAGUCCAUGCUCUGAUUCUCUGUGGAUUGCAGUUCAUUUCCUGUGUCCGUGGGCAGUGGACAGAAUGCAGUGAUUUUUCACCUCCAAUAACUGUAAUCCUGUUGAUCUUCCUGUGCCUUGAGGGUCUUCUGUUUUUCACUUUCACUGCAGUUAUGUUUGGCACCCAGAUCCACUCCAUAUGCAAUGAUGAAACGGAGAUCGAGAGACUGAAAAGUGAGAAACCCACGUGGGAGCGGCGACUGCGAUGGGAAGGGAUGAAGUCUGUCUUUGGGGGUCCCCCCUCCCUCCUCUGGAUGAAUCCCUUUGUUGGCUUCCGAUUUAGGCGACUGCAAAUGAGACCCAGAAGAGGAGGCCCGGAGUUCUCUGUGUGAGGACCUCCUGUCAUGCUGGAACUUGUAAAUGUAAACUGACAGUUACUUAUUUGGAGUCUGAAAGGGCAUCAGCAGCUCAUCUGUGACCAAUAGGGCAAAAUGGAACCUACACCAACCAGUUGCUUGCAGCAAGCAGAAUUUUAUAUAUUUCUAGUCACAGAUUGCAGAUUUUCCAAACUGGGUGAUGACGCUCUCUUCAGUUUUCACCUGUACGACCAGUGGAAAGAACCACAGAUGGACCUACCUGACACUCAAUUGUGGCCGAGUGAACAGACCUGUAGGUGCUUUUCAAAUGGACUGAGUCACUGAAGACGUGAGCUACUAGGGAUGAACUGUCACAGCCAGAGGAUGACGUGUCUCGAGGGUGACCCAGAGACUGUUCUGCGCGUUCAUUUGCACGUCUGUUGUCUGGGGAGGACGUGUGUACUGGGCUUCAAUGUGAGGCUUUAACAUGUAUAUCUUGUUUAUCAAUAAAGUAAUUACCCAAGUGGUUGAAUCCUGUGAGACCCGGCAAGUACGUGCAAAUCAAGUGUACUUGACUUUUCAACCUCUUCUUUCAGUGUAACUUUUAUAUGAAAUAAAGUCACCAAUUGAUGGUUCUCAAACAGUUUA